AAACUUAAAGACUAUGGGAAAGGCCAAUAAAUGGAAUGCAGCAAAUUUGGAAAAGUUUCAGAUUCUUGGUGCAUUGGACUCGAAUGGAUCAUCUGACAAAUAUCAACGGAUAACAACAAACAUGAACUAGUAAACCUCAACUCAAUUGAUGAUGAUUUUGGAAUAUCUCUAAACUGACAAAGGAUGAUCAAACAAAUAAAUCUCUGAACUGGCACAUAUUUUACCUAACACGACUUACAGACAUUUCAAAAUGGCAAACCACUCAAAACCAAUGCGAUGGUAUUGGAAAUCCUUUACUAUUUUCUUAUGCAUCCUCUUGUGUAUGGUAAUCAUAGAGGUGCUGAUGAUUCAUCAUAAAAAGUUUCAAAGAUAUCAUAGCUCUGUAUUUCAACAAAAGAAAAAUGCAUCAGAUAUAAAGAAAAAUGCAUCAGAUAUAAAGAACAAUUUUUGUUAUAACAUAAAUGCAAAAUGGCCUCUCGAUUUCCCCAAAGUUGUUAAAAAACAGAAGUAUUUAAAACAAAAGAUACCUUUCCCUUUCUUUGAGUUUAAGAAAUGGAACAAUACUUAUUUAGACUCUAUAAGUGAGAUAAUUCAUCCCAUCCAGGAGCAUUACAAAUCAGUGGACAUCAUAAGUGUCAUAUCUUCAUCUUGGCCAGUCUUUGACGUACGUUUAGCCAUGAGACAAACUUUAGGAACAUUCCAGCGUGUGUAUGGAUAUUCACAUAAACUUAUUUUCUUGUUAGGGCAGACACAUAAUGUCUCUAUACAAAGCCAGAUUGACAGAGAGGCCAAAAAAUAUGGAGAUAUCUUACAGUUAAAUCUUGAUGAUUCAUAUCGUGGUUUAACAAAGAAACGUUUUGAAGGCUUAAAAUGGGCGAUUAAAGUUUGUCAAAAAGCAUCGCUUGUACUAUCCUAACAGAUGAUGUUGUUGUUGAUAUUAUAAAUAUAAUCAAAAAAGUGGGACCAAUAGAUAGAGUAAGGAAAUUAGCACUAGGAUGUCAUACUAGAAAUCCUGGAAAGGUUUUCACACAAGGAAAAUACAGUAUAUACUCGGAACCUUCAUUAAACUGGACCUCCCAUCCCUAUACCCCUGGCUUCCUGAUUGGAUUCUCCGUUGUUUUUAGCAUUGAUGUUGCAACUGAUUUAUAUAAACUUGCCUGCAAAACCCCCCUGACAUUCACAGAUGAUCGCUAUAUCGGGAUUUUACUGGCUAUGCUCAAUGUCCCACUGCAAGAUUCAAGGUGUGCGAGGAGGAACAGGAAAGAUAGGGAGUUAGGG